UUAAGCCUCGCAAUGGCGGAACCCUAAGCUAAUCCCGCGCUCCCCACCUCGCGCAGCGCGGAUGGACCAGCCGGCGCCGGACACCGGCGGCUGCCUCGAGGUCCGCCUCUUCUACGUGCGCCUCUCACCUCGCAUCUCCGGAGCUGCCGCCCCGCCCAGCCUCGCCCUCGCGCUGGCCAUCCACCCCGACGGCGGCGAGGCCUCCCCCUCCUCCAUCCCUCUCCGCCUCGACCGCCGCGACCCCUCCUCCGGCGAGGCCACCUAUGUCUCCACAGCGGCCGCGCGCCUCCCCCCGCCCGAAGCCACUUUCGAGGUCGCGGACCACCGGGGCGCCGCCCUCCUGCGGGGUUCCCUGCGCCGGCGCACUGACUCCAAGGCCGAUUCCCCCGCCUGGGCGAUCGACUGCGUCCCCUCCGCUGGAGCGGCGGCCUCGGUCUCCGCCUUUGAGGUCUAUGUUGCUGGGUGCUGCGCAGGCGAGCCAGCCGUCCUCACGCACGCACUGCGGCUCGCCACCCCUGAAGAAGCUGCAGGCGGGCUGGUUCGACGGCGAUCAGCGACUUUGACGGCUAUGGGUGAUGAAGACGACAACGACAUGAACAUAGGAACCAGGCCAUACCCUGAAGGUUGGUACUCCGAGGACGAGGACGGGCAACUUACAUGGUUCAAUGCUGGUGUUAGGGUUGGCGUCGGGAUUGGCCUGGGAGUCUGUGUUGGAGUUGGCAUAGGUGUUGGGCUCCUCAUGAGCUCCUACCAGGCAACGGCAAGGAACUUGAAGCGAAGGUUCUUCUGAAACUGUCAUGGCAAAGACAC